GGGACACGUUGAUUCAUGUCAAUUGGGACGAUGAAGAAAAUUCCAAAUCCAGAGUAUGCCCACCUUUCACCUUCCACAACACAAGUUGGCAAAAGAAAGAAAGAAAAAAUAAAACAACCCUUCUAAGUUCCAACUCUCUUCAUCUCCAUCCCUACUCUCUCCCCCAUUUUUCUCCCAUUCCCAUACUAUAUUUUUCUCUAGCUAGCUACCUAGCUUGUGGAAGUAGAGAGAGGGAUUUUAAUGGAGAAACCACCACAUUACUGGAUGGGCCUCAACAAUUCCACCCCUCACCACCUUUAUCUCCAGCAACAACCAGCACCGCCGCCGCCGCGAUCUUGCUCUUCCUACGACGACUCGUGGGAAGAGCAGGCGUUCGCGGAGGACGCAUCAGGAGCCCUGGGAGGCUGCAUAUGGCCUCCCAGGUCCUACUCCUGCACCUUCUGCCGUCGCGAAUUCAGGUCCGCGCAGGCCCUGGGAGGCCACAUGAACGUCCACAGGAGGGACCGGGCUAGGCUCAAACAGUCCCCAAUUUCUCCAACCGCUCCCGCCGAUCCUCCGCUUCAACAGAAUAUUCCGCCGCCGCCAUCCUCGUCGCCGUCGGCUGGCUACCAAUUUCAGCUGAAUCCCUGUCGGAAAAUUCACGUUCCUUGUGCGAGUAGUAAUAGCCCUAACCCUAGCCCCGAUCCACCACCUUCUUCACCGCCAGCUAGGGUUUCCGCCGACAGCAGCAACAGUUGCUCCGAGAAGUCCUUUUUCCCUUCCGCAGCGGAACAAGAACAGAUAAACCGAAAGAGGAGGAGAAUUGAUGAGACGGAGAAGGAGGAGGAUAUUGUGGCGAGAUUGAAGAGGAGGAGGAGGAGAAUUGAGGAGAACACCACGACGUCGUCGUCGUGGUCGGGUUCGCCAUUCAUGUCAAGGCCUGGGUUGAAUUCGAUGUCGCGACAUCGUGAAGAUCAACUGGUUGUUGACAUGACGAAGAGUAGUAGUACGAAUCACAUGAAUCCUGCUCCUCCAGGUGGUAGUUGGUGUUUGAGAGAGGAGUUGGAUCUGGAGCUCCGCCUUGGGGAUCGCCCGCCUAAGGUGAAGAGUAUCUAAACGCCUCUCCAUCGAUGAAGAGUGAUGAUAUACAGAUUUGUUUCUGCUCAAUUUUCAUAGUAAUGUUGAUUUUUCUCCUUGAUCUAUAAUUUGGCUCCCUCUCUCUCUCUCUUUCAGUUUCCUUCCCUUUUCUGAAUCGUGAUCUCCCGUAAUAUGGUUGUAUUGUACAUGUAAAACGAGACAGACACACGGAAAAUUCCUACAGAAAAGAUGAACAAAUUAACGAAUGAUUUUAUUGCUUUAUCUACCGUCACCACGGCUGUCCAUCGAUUUCUCCUAGAAAAUGAUUUACGAUCGGUAGUUGAUUUAUAUGUUUUUGUUGUUGUUGUUGUUGUUGGUAAUGUGUUUGCCAUUCAAACGGAACUCACAUGGAUGAUUUCUAGGAACCCAGAUGGUUUUGAUUCAUGACGCGGAAUUUUGUUUCUAGUCGAGCAAAAUUGUUUUGUAGAUAGUGCGCGAAAACAUUUUAAAGAGGUGAAUGUUAUCGUUAAUCCUAAUUUUGUUACUACGCUAAUUUAGAUUUCGACCCUGAUUUUUUUUUUCCGUACGUUCAUGUUUGAUGGUGCUCGAAUUUUUGGGUUCGUCGACAAUUGAACCAAUCUACGAAUUUUCAACCUACCCUUUCUCGCUCUCUCUCUCUGUCUCGAAUUGUUUGCAUCCACAUAUUGUGUUCUUGAUGGAGAAAUUCCUUGAGGCGAAGUUCAGUGGUGGGCUGUCUUAAAAACUAAGGAGAGUGCCCUUGAAAGUCACAUAGGGUUAUGAUGAAUAUAUGUCCAGAAGGCAAGCAGUUCAGUCAACAUGGUUUUCGAAUUGGAAUGUCUGUUUGUGUGUCUGUCGACAUAUAAUACAAUAAUAAUAAUAAAUGAAAGAAAACUGGAGAUUCUAGUUCUAGGGCAGAGCAGAGUGGCGAAGAAAGAACAAAAGAGGUUUUUGUUUCUGUGUCGUUGCAUGGAACAAGGUGAAAAAGGGCACAUUUUCCUAUUCUGUAUGACUGACUGACAACCCCUUUUCUUGACAGAGCCACAAACAAAAGACACAGUCACAAAGAUUGGCUUUCUGGGCCAAGAAAAUAUGUCACAUUUGGGUUUCGUUUUCUUUCAUUGUUUGCCGAUCUGAUCUGUUUUAGGGUUUCAAUAAUGACUCUCUAUCUUUUUUUUCUUCUUCUUCUUAAUUUCCCCACAUAAGUCCAUCUGCUUGUGUUCUGUUCCAUCGCUUUUUGCUGUAUCUGCCUGCCUUUUUUUUCCCCCCUCUUUCUCCUAACUUGUUCAUAAUCCUUCCAAAAUUGCCACCAACUAAAUGGAAUCAUUCCAUUACUUAAUUGUUCCUAAUUUUGUUCCCAUCUUUCUGUUCAGGCAGAGAAUAUUGUUGUAUCAGUACUUGUGUGGGGCAGCUAUGGGGGGAGAUAUAGAUGCAUCUUUGUUUGAUUUCUUCUUCUUCUCUAUCCACCAUUAGUUAAAUAUUUUCCCCACCACAUGAUAUUAUAUCAAGAUUUGAAAAUUCCCCUUUCGUUGCGUGUGUAUGCGUUGAAACCCUAGCCCUUAAAAUUCUACCUACAACUACACGAUUAAACAAUUAGUGAGUGAAUGAGAGUGUGAGAAUGAGAGAUCGAGCUAGGGCGGGUCAAGAAUGUUUUGCGGUUAAAAAUUCCAGAAGAGGUUAGAUGUAGUGUUGGAAUGAAGCCUACACGUUACCUCUCUUGAUCAUGUCAGUGAAUUAAUUAAUUAAUUGUGAACUAAAUCUCCCUAUUGACUACUAAUCUGUUUUCCUUGAAACACUAAGAAAGCGAUUUGCUUAGAUUAAACGGUAAAUCGGGGACUUGAGGAUGUUGAUGGAUGCUAUUAUAUACCCUUUAAAACGAAAUGGCCCUCUCAUUGGGUUCCACCAUGUUUUCAUGUGAUUGCAACUCUGCGUGUCUACGGAGGAAACCCUGGAUCGGAGUCAAACAUCUCUGUGUACUGGACUUGUUUAGGGUUCUAAUUUGUCAUCACUGAAGAGUGUUUGUGUUUAGGAGUUACUUGGGUGGGUAUUUAGUUCUCACUGAGUUUUGUUGUUAAACUAGCAGAGAAAGGGAUAGUGGGAAGAGGGAGGAAACAUGGUCGCAGCCCGUGGGAUUUGGGAAUGAUGAGGGCGCGGAGAAGGGUUAUAGGGUGCGUCACGAGAACCACUUUGAUUGUGGAGGAAAAUGGUUAAACUAGGUACAAUAGUUAGUUGGUACUGAUAAUUAGGGCGCGUCUAAUUGAAAAUAAUUAAUCGAGAGGUCUUGUGUUUGAAUUUUGGCGACCUUGUUUUAUAUAUAGGUCGAUCUUCUUAUAAGGAAGUGUGUUAGUAGAUGGUAUAAGAUAUAUUAUUGAACCUCUCCUAACAAUUCAGGUUAUUGUUACUAAACGGUUCUUGACAAAGAACACCAUUCUAAAGCGAACGACUACCUAAAUUAUGAAUUUUUUUUUUAUAAAAGAUCCAUCAUUCUCUCAACACAACUCGAGUUAUUGAUACUAAACGGUUCUUAACAAAGAAACCCAUUUAAAGCGAACGUCUAACUAAAUUAUGAUUAAAUAUUUAGAACGCAG